CUUGUAUUGUUAAUGAACACAGCUACGUAUUACACAACAGUGACAUAAAGGAAAACCAUCAGACAGCUCUGGAGCUACAGCAAGCGAUGGUGAAUUUUAAGUAAGAUGAAUGGUUUGAAUGAUGGUCAAAUGUGGCCGCCUCAACCUCUUUUAGGACAGAUGGGUGACCGAUUGCAGUCAUUUGAAGCAUUACAUGACCUGCGGCAGCGUACCACGGACAAUGCUGAAUUUUCCAAAGAAGCUUGACACAUUUUACAAGACUGCACAAACUUUUAGUUGUUAAAAGUUGUGGUUAACUCAGUACAUGGUUCUCUGAUCGACUGUCACCGCUGGACGUCAAGAGGCCUGUAAAGGACAUCAGGAAGAGGCGAACCAGACAAUCUUGCAACUAUUUUGAAAAAUUUCAAAGGAGUUUUGGUAAAGUUUGUUGACAAGAUGGCAACUUAAUUAUUGCGUUUAAAGUAUUUAGAUCAUUUUUGAUCACAUCACUGCUUGUUUCGAGAUAAUUAUUGCGGAAUGUUGAUUGAAAGCGAAAAUGAAUGAAGAUACAGAUCAAGUGCACAAUACUGAAUAAAAAUAAUAAUAAAAAAAAAAAAAACGAGGAAUAGUGUGAAAAAAAUUUGCAGCUAAGGCUUCCAACUAGGUUUUGCAGCAUCAUGUCAAACGAAGCCGUUGAGGAGGAUGUCUUGCGCUGUACAGUAUGCCUUGAGGACUACAGGCCUUAUGGACCUCUUAAGCCUCGAAUCUUGCCUGUCUGUAUGCACACAUUCUGCGAAAGUUGCCUGGAGAGACUUGGAGCUGAUAAUGGCUACAGUGUGCCAUGUCCCAUCUGUCGUGUUUUUAAUGAUGUCUUUGGCAAAGAUGGCAUACAAGCACUGCCCAUCAACACCAGGGUGAGUUACUUCGAAUCUAUAGAAGAGGAGAUGGUGGAAACAGACGUGCUAGGUUUUAUCGACCCUGCCACCCCGUCCUGCCCAAUGUGUAGCAGCAUCACCCUCUUUGCUCCCUUUGGCCUGGAGGCUGAUAUCACCCAAUGCCACACCUGUCAGUGGGUGAGUGUGGAAAUGAUGGAGGUGGAACAGGUGGAUAUGCCCAUUCAGGCUGCUGCGGAAGUAAACAGUGACAGGUCUGUAAUAGAAGGUAAGGAGGAGAAGAGGGGAGCAUCCCUUGUCCCUGCAGCUCGCCCUACUAGGAGGAAAACAUGGCUGAGGAGAGCACUGAGCUAUCUCAGGAAACGCCUCUAUCGACACUGACGCAGAUAUCGGAUGAAGACGUGCAAUUUAUCACUGGCAAGAUGGCCUGUCUCAUGCGCGGUGUACCAGAUACAAACUUGCUUGCAAUCUAAAAUAAAUGUUUUUGUUUUUUUUGUCCCAGUUUAAUUUUUCUAAUCAUUUGCACACAGGGAUGCUCAGUGCACCCCCCUACACUCCCGAUCCGCUGUGAAGACUAAUCAUUUGUAUCACUGCAGCAGGGGGAUGGUGUUGUGGUAAUUAGAAAAGAUUACUUGAAGUGCUGGGACUCCGAGUUCCCAUAAUCAGCCUUAUCUACAUAACAUUUCAAUGUGAAACCAUGCAACAAAAAUUGUAAAGAGAAAAUAGCUGCGCUAUAUAAGAAGUGAAUUAAACCAUGUGCAAGUGACUGAUGGUCAGUUGUGCAACAGUGUAUCCGACAACCAA